AUGGAAGGAAUGUCCGCCGAAGAAGCAACCAACAAAGUGCGCGGCCACAAAGCCGCACUGUCCAACCCUCACGUCUCCUCCAACGCCAAGUCCCGCUCCAAGCAAGCAAUCGACGACCUUGGCAACGCGCACUACGGCCAAGACAUCGCGCAACAGGGUAAAGAGGAGGGACAUGUGCUAGGUGGUUAUAAGGCUGCUGUCAAGAACCCCAAUGUUUCGGAUCAGGGGAAGCAACAUGCGAAGCAGAAGUUGAGGGAGAGAGGGAAGUAG